AUGAGUCAGAUUCUGGAGCGAGAGGGCGAUCUGUUUGACGCGCCUGAAAACGCGGCAUUGAUUCGAGCAUACCGCAUAUACCGCAGUCAUUGCCAGAAAUAUCUCUUGGAGCAGAAAAAGGGAGGAGAAAAGCCAUCUGACGCUACAAGACAGGACUCCAAGAUACAAGGAACGGCGUUGCUCAUCCCGCCUCAGCCUGAAGACUAUGGUCCCUUCGAGGCGGCUGUUGAACCGCCGGGGAAGAGGCAGCGGGUGAGCAGGGGCGGGCAGCCACCACGCUCGAGGCCCCAGCCGGCGGGAAAGAAGCAUUGGAUAGUCUGUUUAUUUACGUCCUGGCAUUUCUCCGCAAAGUUGAAGAGUGCGCCGGAUGAGAUUAUCGAGAAUACGAGGCUGGCUCUGGGGGAUCUGAAGAGGCAGUUGGAUGAGAUGCAGUGCUUGAAGACCGGCGAAGAUGAAGCUGCGUCUGUUGAUGUAAGAAAGCCUUUGGUGCUCUGGUCUUGCCGGAUCAACGCCGGGUUAUUUGGCGUGCCGUGGCAGAGGACGAGGCUGGUGCUGGAACGGUCAGGGCUGGAGGUUACAGUGGUGCGUCCAACGGGCGAGUCUCUGUGA